AUGGAACUGAACCGAGAACAUUUUCGCGCCAUAAUUUACUACAACUUUCAGAGACAAUUAUCGCAACAAAAAUGCCUUGCUGAGUUACUGUCUGUUUUCGGCAACGAAGCGCCAAAUCAGUCGACAAUUUCACGUUGGUAUGGAGAAUUCAAACGUGGACGGGUGAGUCUUAGAGACGAUUCCAGGGUGGGUGCACCAAAAACGGCAGUCACCCAGGAAAACGUCGAUGCUGUGCGCAAACUCAUCAUUGAAGAUAGACAUGCAUCCUUGAAGAUCUCAAAGACCUCAAUUCAAAAAAUUUUACAUGAAGAAUUAGGAGUAAGAAAAUUACUGAAAGCAGCCAGGGUUAAUUGGUGUCAAAAAAUGCUUGACCGUUUCAAUUCCGGAAACUCAAAAAAUGUGUACAGCAUUAUUACUGUUUGGGUGUUCCAAGGUGAAGAAAAGCCAACAAAAGUCAUCCGUUCUCGAAGUGUUUCGAAAAAGAGGGUUGAGACAAUUGUGUUAAAAGCAAAGAACUACAAUGCAAGCUCGCACACAGCCCAAAGAAUAAGGCAAUAUUUAACGGAAGAAAACUCACCAGAAGAAGCAGUUGACGCAUUCAAAAAUGCCGUUUUGGAUCUGCCAGCAAACGAGUGGAAUAAGUGCUUCGAAAAUUGGUUCGAGCGCAUGCAGAUGUGA